AUGCUAAGUCAUAAAUCAGUAAGCAGCUCAACAGUAAACGGCCCAAUUAGCGUCGUAAACCGUACCUAUGCAUUAACUGGCUACCUCAUCGCUGGUUUCACCGGAACACCGCCAAAGCAGUGGAAGGAGGUACCUUUUUAUAAGGAAGACAACAUUUAUCAAUUAGAAGAAGGCGAAUGCGCCGGGCCUAGGAAUGACUCGGUUUCCGGACCUUUCGUUAAUGACUCUUCUGAGCAAGAGAACCCGGCUCCCCACAUCACCUACAAGGACGACCUUCCCGCACACUGCCACGCCGGCAGCCAGGCCGGCUUGUACGGCCCCCACGACGUGUGGAGCUAUCGUACAGGAGGGCUCGGCAUCCCUAGCUUCACCCUUAGCGCCAUAGCAGAAGACGACACUGACGAGCAAGACGCAUAUGAUCCUGACCACCGUCUCACUGCCGACCGCUAUCCGGUCGUUGGGGAACCGAUCGUGACCCGUGGGUCCGUUCUCCCAUCAAAUGCUGCAGCCAACAGCGACGGCUGUAGCGUGAGCGAGCUGGAGCUGUACUGCGACAUCAUGGCCUCGGAACAGUACGCCUUUGCCAUCAUGCCGCCGGCGCCGCUGAGUACUGUCUUUGAGGAGGAAGCGGGGGACAUGGAGGAGGUGGAGGAGCGGUGUGCGGCGUCCGGAAGCUGCCAUUCAGCUGAAGCCGGCUGCGGCAGUGGCCGCACCCGGCUAUUGACCUCGGACCUGAUUCGCGGCCUGUCGGCGCCGGCUUGCCCGACAAGUUUAGAGCCGCCUGACGGCAGCGGCAGCAGCGGAUGCGCAUCAGCGACAGCGGCGUGUACAGCAGAGCCAUAUUCUCCGUCGGCGCCGGCGCAAAAGACAGUAACGAAGCUGCAGAUGAGCCCGAGCGGGAGUACGGCAGGCCAUGCCAAUGGAUGCCUCAGGCCACCUCCCGUGCGCGGGUAUGAUUUCAGGUUUCGUUCCGUUUUUUGCAUGCCUUGCGGAUUGCGGACGGCAAAAUGA